AUGGCGCCGAAUAUUGUCAAAUCUCUCGUUCUUUUCAGUUCCUUGGCCUUGACAGCUCAGGCAGCUGUGGAUACCCAAUUAACAGGCACGUGGUCGUCCAAGUCUCGCAAAGUCAUUACAGGACCGGGAUUUUACGAUCCAAUUUCCGACCGGCUCAAGGAACCUGAUCUCACCGGAAUUUCAUAUUCCUUUACCGACGAUGGAUACUUUGAAGAGGCAUACUACCGAGCGAUUGCGCAGCCCUCUAACCCUGAAUGCGCCGAGGGAAUCAUGCUGUGGCAGCAUGGCACAUACUCCUUGGAGCCCAACGGCUCCCUUGUGUUGAAGCCCUUCACCUCGGAUGGCCGUCAGCUCUUGUCCAGGCCUUGCGCCAGCGACUACGCAACAUACACUCGCUAUAAUCAGACAGAAAUUUUUAAGGUAUACUCGUUGUUCGCGUACGCACGAAAAAUAUUGAUUAACACUGCCCCUAUAGGAGUACAGGGUUUAUACCGAUCCAUUCCACAACGUUCCGCGUCUCGAUUUAUUCCAAUUCGACGGCACGCCCAUGCAGCCAUUGUAUCUCGUAUACAAGCCCCCAGAAAUGCUACCGACGACGACCUUAAAUCCCACGGUCAUGGUUACGGCGACUGGGAAGGCAAAGCGAGAUGCUGUUGGCGAAUCCCCGCAGACGCUGCACAAGAGGUCAUUCGUGACUCAGAUGGAUCCCACAACACUUGA